GUCACGUGAUUUUUUUGGCGUGGCUUAGCAACACACGAAGCGGAGCAUCGAAACAUAUUGUUGUGAGAAACUUGCACAUCAAAAGUUGGAUUUAACGUAUCGGGCGGGCUUCUUCGGGCGAGAUAUCACUAUUAAUUUAGACAGAUCGUCUUUUCAUAAACUGUGUUCAUACCAACCGCACCAUGGACAGCGACGUGACUGUGAUUACCUGUCCGUAUGUGGAUGUGCGCCUAACAAGCACCAUCUCCUCGUUUGAGGUGAAGCGCAGGUUCAAUAGAGGGAUAACUAUAGCAGCACUAAAGGGGAAGUUGGAGAUGGUUGUUGGCGCGUCUGUCUCCAGCAUGGACCUGGAGUUGUAUGGUGUCUCUGACAAGUUCCUGCAGAAAAUGGAUGACAAUGAAGCUUUGCUCGGUUCCUAUCCUGUCGAUGAUGAGUGCAGAAUACACGUUAUUGAUAGAAGUGGAGGUCAGUUGGAGUUCACAGAUGUUUCCAAAGUGGAGAAGUUUGAACUUUCAGAUGAAGCCUAUAAGAAAAGAACAGAUUCUGCAAGGUCAUUCAUGAAGAAUCUUCGUGUCGGUCAGUACAAUGAGGAGGAAAUGGCCAGGAAGAAAGCAGAGCUUGCUGCUCAGCGAGAGGAAGAGAAGGUUGCUGCAAAUUCCAUUUCUGUUGGCAACCGGUGUAAAGUGCAGGUCAUUGGACAACCCACCAAGCUUGGCACGGUCAUGUAUGUUGGUACAACUGAUUUCAAGCCAAGCUACUGGGUGGGUGUGAAGUACGACGAGCCCUUGGGGAAGCACAAUGGAACUGUGGAAGGGAAGCAAUACUUUGAAUGUGAGGACAAAUAUGGUGGAUUUGUGAAGCCCCAGAAUGUGACUGUGGGAGACUUCCCUGAGGAGGAUUAUGGUUUAGAUGAAAUGUAGUCCUGCAAUGUAACAAAGGUUUUUGAGUAUUUUUGUUGUGUUUUUUUUUUUUUCUCCCCUGACCGUCAUGAUUCAGAGAGUGGUUUCUUAAGGUCUCUUAGGUUCAACCUCUCUAAGAUGCCAGUGCAUCCUGAUAGAGAUGAGUGCCAGGUCUCUUGUGGUGGUCAAUGGGAUAAUCAUACAGGAUAAUUACAAGUGUAGCUUGAACCAAUGAGAGAGGGUUUUUGUUGCAUGGUAUGCAGCAUGCUGAAGGUGAACAUACACUUCUUCACUUCAAGCACUACUGUUCAACCCAAUGAUUUGCUUUCUCGGUACUUGUUGCUCCUGAGAGGGAAGUUGAUCUAAUGAACAAGUCUUAACUGACAGUCUAAAGAAUACUUCACAUUUUCUCAUUUAGUUUAUAUCAAUCUGCACCAAGCUGAUUGCACAGACUUGCUAAUAGUCGACUGUAGGAGUAGAACGUACAUUUCUGUUAGAGUGUUUGACUCUUAAACAAAAAGAGGCACUGGUCCUUGGUUUCCUGACUAAUAUGUUGUCCUAAAAAGAUGUGAUUUAAACUGAGAAAAAUAUUUUCCAGUUCAUUCAAUAAAAGAUUAACUGAAGCCACUGUGUUUCAGUCCCGUUUGACAAACAAGAAAUUCAAAGUCAAAGAGGAAAGAAGAACAAAUCCCAAACCAGAGCUGCCUCACCGUAGCUGUUCACCCCAUUACCAUCACCUUUUUAUAUUAAAAACUGUUGACCUGUUUGCUCUCCUUGCAGUUAUUGCUGUCUACACAUGUGUACAAUACCUGGUAUAGGAAUGUUGGAGAUAUCUCUUUCCCCAAAAAACUACAUUUCUAAAAUGUCAGUUUGUAUUUGUAUGUAAUAUAUCAUCAAACAGUCCCAUGUUUAGGUUUCCAAGUGGGUAUGCAGUAAAAUGCUGUUUUUUUUUCCAGCAAAAUAAGUUUAAAAUAAAAGUUCUGUUAAUAUUGAACCACUGUAAUAACAUUUUCUCCCAGUUUAAAAUUUGAAACAAGUCUGUAUGUUGACUUUAUAAAAUGUGUUUAUCAAAUAAUUUGUAUGUACAGUAAGUACUCAAACUAAGUUUAAUUGUAUACUAUUGGAGGACAACAUGAAACAUUAAUUUUAAAUUGUACUAAAAAAUGGUAACACCCUUCACUUCCAGUGGCAUUUCAUUCCUGCAGCAGGCUCGUGUAAACAAGACAUUACAUUUUCUGUCAUCCUAACCCUAAAUGAUUUUUGAUCAGGUGUUUGGGUGGUUGUUAAACAUUGACUUCAUGUGUUGACUGCUCAUAUACCUAAAAAAAACAAUGUAUCAUUUGUGUUUAAUCUCUUGAUUCUUCACAACACUGGACAGCUACAGCAUCGCUCUCCUGUGAACCACAACUCAUUCCUCAGCUUUUGAAUUUACAAGUGAAUACUAUGCCUUAUUUAUCCUGUGAUUUAUGUUACCAAUUCAAAACUGUUUUGAUCCACUGAAGUUUACAAAAGAAAUGUAUACAAAUCAUUUUUGGUGUUUUUAUUUCAAUUAUAUGUCACUACCAACAUACACAAUUAAGACUGUUCAUCUCUUCUCCCGUUUUAAAAAUGGUCAAUCUUCAAGGUUCUGUUAAACUGUGCCAAAGUAUAAU